AUGUUCGGAUAAUAGCCGAAGUUACAGUCGUUCCCAUUCUUCCAGUUCGUUCCUCUAUAACGUUGUCGCCCCACUGAUUUGUUACUGCGGAAAAGCUUGCAAUUUUGGAGUGUCGAGCUUUGCUUGAGAUUCGGGUCGCUCACCUCAAUCUACGAUGACUCGAGGAAAUCAGCGAGAGCUUGCCAGAGCGAAGAACCAGAAAAAGCUUCAAGAUCAACAACGCAAGAAGGGCUCCAAUGAUAAGGACUCAAACAAGGGACUUACGCUCGAGCAGCGCAAGCAAAGAGAUGCUGACCUGAUGAGAGAAAAGCAACAAAAGGCAUUAGACAAGCCCGCAGGCAGUGCCAGCUAAAAGCUUCCAGCGUAACCCUUUCGCCCUUCUUUCAACGUUUCCAUAAAUUUGUAUAUUUUUUCAAUUGGCAUUUCAACUUAGCCAUUGACCACUUUUUCAGUAUGAUGUGACGUUUAAGGUUAUUUGUUUCUUCUGCCUUGGUUGAUUGUUAACAUGUCUGGUGGCACAAUUAAUAAUUACCAUGAAAUGGCCGCGGUACGUUUGGUUUGCAAAUAAAUUUUAAACUCUUGAUAUAA